ACCUAGCCUACCGAGUCAGCUGGAAGUUGCGGAGUAGGAGUGUGUUACCAGUGGAAGUACGGAAUUCAGUAUUUAGUGAAGGAGAAACGAAAUGGAUUUCUUGUAGCGAAAUAGUACAAAGAUUUAUUGUGUUACAGAGUAUUCUUCGUCUGUGCUUAAAAUUGUUUUGUGAUCCUGUUCGCAAUGGAUAGGCGAAAAUUGUCCACCUCUGGUGAUACACUCUAUCAGAUCCUGGAUCUUCCAAAAACUGCAACUGCAGAUGAUGUGAAAAAGACUUACCGGAAAAUGGCACUCAAAUACCAUCCAGAUAAAAAUCCGAACAAUCCUGAAGCUGCAGAGAAGUUUAAAGAAGUGAAUCGUGCUCACAGUAUUCUGAGUGACCUGACAAAACGAAACAUCUACGACAACUACGGUUCUCUGGGUCUAUACAUUGCAGAGCAGUUUGGAGAGGAAAAUGUCAAUGCUUACUUCCUAGUCACAUCUGGCUGGUGCAAGGCCCUUAUUGUGUUCUGUGGUAUCAUCACUGGCUGUUAUCUGUGCUGUUGCUGCUGCUGCUGUUGCAACUUCUGCUGUGGCAAGUGCAAACCACGACAGCCCGAGGAGACCGGGGACUACCACACCUUACAUAGGAACCCUGCAUCAGAGACUGGUGGAGGAGUGGUAACAUCUCAACCCCGGACUUCAGACAAGGAGGAGCCGAGCGAUGAUGAAUCAGGGGGUCCAGCUGUAACGUCACAGCCAACAUCUUCAUCUGUGUUUGCAAUGCCACCCCCAGCUGAUAGUAAUGCGACGGAAAACACAUCACUCAAUCCACAGGACAAGAUUAUAUAUACACCAGGAAUGACAGAGAAAGGUUCCCCCUCACAUCCUGUAGGGGCACAGCCGACAUCCCAGCAGCAGAGCGCCAAGUGGUAAGGACAGGAGCAUCAGAACCUGCGGCGAGAGAAGUUCCUGGUCUGGACAGGUUGAAUGACACUACUUGGCUCCAAGCCUGCCUCACACCAAAGUACAGACCUUCAGUUGUAAUUGAUUUUGAUCAUGAUUGUAACAACACUUGGGCCUUGAAUAAGUCUUGCUGUUUAGAAACAAAAUUUGGCACAUCAAAAAUGGCAUCUUACGUAUGGAAAGUAUUUCAGCAUGUAUAUAAUGUUUUGUUUUCCAGUUUGGUUUUUGUGAUACUGUGAAUGCAGAAGUAUUGUGUCUUUGUAUGGGAUGUUUGUAAGCAUAUCAUGCAGAGCAAGUACAUUAUUCCAUAUUAGUUUUCAGUUUGAAUUUAUUAAUUAUAUCCCUCUUUAAUGAAUGCUCUGGAGCCAUAUUGACUCUGAAUGUAAUGUUCAUAAGCAUUAUUAAUAAUAUGGCAUCUUGGCUAGUAAGAGUGUUCAUAUCAUACAGCAUAAAUCAAGCCCUAGAUUUUCACUGUAGUGACACACAACAGCAUCUGUAAAGUUUAAUUAUCUGUGGAAAUGAGCAGUGCAGGUGUCUACAAUGCCAAUUUGUAAGUAGUGAACUAAGUGUUAGUUCUCUAAGUUUGGUCAUGGUACACUGAAAAUAUAAUUGUCUCACUUUUUAGUAGAUAAUUGCAUUCGUUUUGUGUUGGCAUCAGUUUUAAAAUUAUCGGCAUUCCUGUUUUCUACUUCUGCUAUGAAACUUGAACAUUGUUGACAUCUGAAUCUCUAUUCAUAGAAAACUAUUUGUAAUUAGCACUUCUGUGAACUCGUAAUUUAAAUUUCAUAUAAGGACAAAAACCAGUAUAAUAAAAUAUAUAUAUUUGUUUUGCUAUUUGCAGACGGUUUUGAUGCUCCAGUUUAUUCUUUUGUGGUAGAUAUUGUAACUAUGGAAGUUCAUGUGCAUUUGUGCAUGUGUAUGCAGAACAAUGAUAUGUAACUGCAGUUGGUUUUCAGUGUUGAAUUGUAAGGGUUAGGAUUUAAUUAUCUCAAGUUUCAAGACAUGCCUUCAAGAACCUGCAUUUUAACCUUUAUUGUCUGUGUAGCCCACAGCUGACACAUGCACUAGUUUUGCAGGCACCAGUUGUCUAAUGUCACUUUUGCAUUAUAAAUCCCAUUACUCUCAAGGUUUAAGUCCAACCAAUAAAGGUUCAUUUUUAUUUUUUGAACAGUCAGCCUGGAGUAUCACAGAUGCAGACACUAAGAAGAGAGAGAAUUUUGGUGAAGAAUGUUGAUUUGAAAGCAUGUGUUUCAGAAACAAAUUAUUAUAGAAGUACAAAAUUAAUAAUCCCUUUUUACAAAACAAAUUUGAAAGACACUGUAGACCGAAAAUAUUCCAUUAUGGAAAUCUUCAACAUAAUUUCUUUUCCUGAUGUACAGUGCACAUAAAAUAUGUUUGGUGUUUCAGAGUGUUAUAUUUUCAUAACCGUAAUAUAACUUAAUGAAAGAACCAAAGAUGACGGCAUAAUCAGAAUUUUUGUUAGCACAUUUCCACAUGGCCAUCUGUUGUAAUGCUGCAUAUAACAUCCUGUCUUGGUCAAAACCUCUUUCUUUUUUUUUCUCUUUUUUUCUGAGACUAAUGUGCAAAGACCACUUAUCCAGGUAUGUAAUAAAACUUUGUAUUUCAUCAACUGUAAGAAGAUGAUUUUGAAGUUCUCCUGCAGGGUGGUGCACCACCCCAUUUUAGCACCUUCUCAGGUUGUUGAAUGGGUAGAAGUAGCCCUAUUUUAUAGCCUUGUAUAUCCCUAGAUAAAUGACCAUUCGAUUUCUUUUGUGGAGGUAGAUAAUUAUUGCAUUUUGUAGGGUCGCUGGUCAUGUUGGCAGUGUUUGAAACAUUAAAGCAUAGAAUUAUGGCAGCUAUUGAAACUAUAAUACCAGAAGUUCUCUGUGUUUGGGCCAAGGUGGAAAACCUCAGGAUCAGCAUCAUUACAAGACCUGCAUAUUUGGAACUUUCCUGAUCGAAAUUCUAUAUGUGUUGUCAUCAUUUACACUUUUUAUAUGUCUUCGCUAUGAAACUAUAACAUAUUGAAACUCUGAAUGUAAUUUGCAGAGAUCCUGUCAUUUAGAAUGUCUUACUUCACUCCAUAAUGUGUGUGUGAGUACACUUGUGUAGGUAUUCCAGAACAGUGACUGGACUCUAAUACAUAUUAGAAGAUAUGCCCGGAAUGAGAUUAUGUGAAAUAUGUGAAACGUUAAAAUUUAGAAAUAAAUUUAAUGUGUGGCAUAUAGUUAUGUGCAGAAAAGUUUAACUCCUCUUUAUGUGUGCAUUUGUUACUACUACGCCUAAUAGUUUUCAAGACUUCAGGCAAAACGUUUGGGAUUGUAACCUCCAAAAUAUCAGCUGCAAGGGGUUACUAAAUGCACACAUGAUUGCCACAGGUACUGGAUAUUCAGUAAGUCUGGAACCACAGGCAAUAUUGGAGUUUUGACAUAGCUGUUAAGAAAAUACACUCAGCAAGUCCAUCAUUCACAACAACAUGAAGAUGAAAAUGUUUUUGCCAGUCCAGGAGAGUGGUGUGAAUUGUUUGUGGUGCCAUCUUGCAUCCUGCAGUAACAAUCUCUGUUUGUCCACACAGGUGUGGAUGACUUGGGGGGCCAUUCUGGGUGAUGUCUAUGGAAUGUUUUUGUAAUUCACUGACUGACCUGCACAGCAACGGAAUUCCUUUCACAUAGUGACAUCAGUCCCAGCUGAAAAAAAAAGAGAAGACAUGUAUUGCCUCAAACUCCAGACAUAUGGGACAUUAUGUAGAAUACUCAUUGAGGAAGGGUUAAGAUAUUGUUGUUGCAGGACAUGGAUUUUGAAAUUCAUUCCAGCAGUGUAUUAGAAGUUCUCUUAAGAACACAUUACAACUCAGAACAGUAAAAAUCAUUCACAUGUCAACACACUGCUCUAAAUUUAGUAAUUUUAAGCCUUUAUUAUGCAGAUAGAAUAAGUCUGGAGUGCUCUGUGUCUAAUGAAAGACAUUUGUAAUGAGGGAAUGUAAUUGCUAUGUGCAGUAUGUUCUUUCACACCCAUUCUGCUGAACAGUUUCCAGUUGCACUCCAGAAUUUGUGUGACCAAGGGAUAAUUGGACAAGUUGUUUCAAAACAUUUGUGUAGUUUAUUCUUCUUUAACAAGUAUUUUUCUUGGUGUUGCAGCAUUUAAAAUUGUGUGUAAAAUUCACUUGAAAUUAUCAGAAUUACAAAUAAUGAUAAUCUUCGAAUGAGGAACUUGAAAAUUUAAAACUACUGAGUUUUGAUAAAUGUGACCAGUUGGUCAAACAUACAUUUUUACAAUUAGAACUCUCUUCUCAGAAGUAUGUACUAAAUGUUUUACUUGACAUUUAAAUCAGUAUUAACAUUCACAGACAUAUUUUCCGUCCCAUUAUUUAACAGAGCUUUGGUCUGAUGUGUCUGUACCGGAAACAGCAGUUGAUUAUCAUAAUUUUCUGUUUCAGUAUGUUAAAGCUAUAAGUGAUAGAAAAGUACUGAGGUAUUUAUCCAGGUUUGCUGAAUUACUCAGCAAACAUGUAUUCCUGUUUUAUUAGUUUGAUUUCAUUAAAUUAUUGUUUGUAUGUAUAUUUGUAUAAAAAUUUGGUAAUGCUUUAUUUAAUUGCUUCAAAAUAUAGUAUUCACAAAAUUGAAAAUACAGGGUGAGGAUUGUGUUAGUAUAUGAAAGACAUACCAAAGAGGCUUAAGAGUAUGUAGUGGAGGAAGAAAACAUAGAUUUUUGGGAGCUACUACUGAAUGAUGCAGUAAUGUAAAUUUGUGAUUAAACAUUUUGGUAUAGGUUCCUGCAAAUCAAAUUGAAGUUCAUUAAGACUAUGUAGCCAUAAUACCAGUAGUAUUGUUUCCUUUGAUGAUUUACUCUAUAGAACUGUGGUUGUAAAAUUUUAGUGUUCUCUACAGAAACUAAAUUUUAUAUUACAUGUGAGAUGACCCAGACUUCAUUAUAAUCAAAUGUUGAUAUUAGGCUCUCAUGGUGGUUCAUUGUUGAUGUUAAUUCUGUGCUUGGGUUUUUGCUUCAUGUGGUUAUGGGAAGUAUUGCCAUAUUUUUGAGGUACGUGCUAGCCCGUCUUCAAGACUGAAGGUUGCAUCUUUACCUCAAUAGCACAGGUAACACUACUCAGUCACAUUGUAUAAAGACCCAAGAGCAGAAUAAAUGUGAAUUAAUGUUCCGUAUGCAGGAAAAUUUGGUUGCUGAAAAGAUAG